AUGAUCUCUCAAUCUCAAGAAAUCAUUGCUGUCCUCGAUGGGGUUCACCCUGAGGCAUUUGGGGGAAAUGAGGUGGAACGUCUCCAAGUUCGCGCGGCUGCACGUCGACUUCUCGCAAGGGUGGAGUCACCGUACGAGCGUGCUUGGGGCUUUUGCUUCGAACACCCUGUUGUAUUUGCCGCUCUUCAGACAUGCAUUGAUGUGGGACUGUGGAAAGCCUGGACUAUCUCGGGAGGUGGUGAGAAAUCGAUUCUUGAUCUGGUCAAAUUGACCAAUCCUGUUGUGGAGACAAAUUUGCUACCUUUCAACGUAGUCGAAGAGACCGGCGAGGACACAUUCAAGCCAACUCCAUUUUCACUCGCCAUUGGAGAUGAGACCACCAAGGUCCGUCCUUCGCUCCAAGCAGCAACGAACCAAUACAUACUGUCUGGUCACAACCUACCGAAAUACAUCGCGAAGAUCGGUUAUACAGAGCCUACAGAUAUCAUGGUGAACAACCACUCCGACUCCGAUCCAGAUGGUCUCAACUUUUUCGGUCGACUGCAAGAAAGUCCUUCUUACUUCAAAGCCUUUACUGGACAUAUGGAGGCGUGGACAGCAUGGAAGACUCCAUGGACCAAGGUAUACGAUACGGACAAACUUCUUGAGGGUGCGAAGCUAGAAGAUGGUUCUGCAUUCGUCGUUGAUGUUGGUGGAAACACCGGCAUUGACAUCUCUCAUGUUUAUGCCAAGCACCCUGACCUCCCUGUCGGUUCUCUUGUUCUCCAAGAUCUUCCUGAAAUUAUUGUCAACGCUCAAGUUGACAAGAAGAUCAAGACCAUGUCUCAUGACUUCUUCCUUCCUCAACCUGUGAAAGGCGACCGCGCUUACUUCAUGCACGCUGUUCUGCAUGACUGGCCCGACGAGAAGGCUAAGCACCUGUUGGAAAAUACUAAAGAUGCAAUGACCAAGGGGUACUCAAAAUUGUUCGUUUACGAUAUUGUUCUCCCACCUACGGGAGCGAGUAUCAGUCAGACUACCAUGGAUGUGAACAUGAUGUCUCUCCUUUCUGCUUCGGAGAGAACCCAGAGUGCAUGGGAAAGCCUCUUGACUGAUUCUGGCUUUAAGAUCAUCAAAUUUUGGCCGGAUCCUCAACAAUAUGAGAUGGUCAUUGAGGCCGAGGUGGCGUAA